AUGGCGAGCGCAGAGCGGCUGCACGACCUGAACCUCAGCGCCGAGGAGGCGGAGCGGCUCCGGCGCGCCUUCCGCGACGAGCAGUUCCGCGCUCUGUUCGCGGAGUUCGCGGCCGAGCUCACCGACCCCGAGCAGCGGCGGCUGUACGAGGAGGAGGUGGCGGCGCUGGAGCGGGAGCGCGGCGUGGAGGUGCGCUUCGUGCACCCGACACCGGGCUUCGUGCUGCGGACGAGCCAGGAGGGCUCCCGCCGCUGCUACAUCAAUGUCUGCAGCAACCCGCUGAUGGGGGAGCCGCGGGCCCGCGCCGAGCGCGGCGGGCAGCGCUGGGAGCUGCCCUACAGCCUGGCCCCGGGCCGCGAGGAGCUGCGCCCCGCCGGCCGCCGCCGCCUCCUGUACGACGUGGUGUUCCACCCCGCGACGCUGCGCCUGGCCGCCCGCAGCGCCCGCUUCCGCCGCCUGCUCCGCGACACGGCGCUGGAGGCCGUGGAGAGCCAGUGCGGGGUGCGGCUGGACCGCAACAACGCCGCCAUCCUGCGAGGGGUCUCCUACAAGGGCAUCCCGCAGGCGCCCGUCAUCCGCUCCCCGCUGCCCGGCGGCGCCCCGAAGCCGCCCGACGACGGCGAGUCCCCGCUGCCGCCCUUCCCCUUCCCGCCCGCCGCUCCCCCGCCGCCCGCCGCCAGAGCCUCCUCGCCCGCCGCGCCCCCGCCGCCCUCCGGCCCCACCACGCCGCGCUGGAGCAUCCGCCACCGCUCCUACGUGGACCUGCAGGACUACCGGCACUGCCGCGACUCGGCGCCCAGCCCGGUGCCGCGGGAGCUGGUGGUGACGGUGGAGCUGCCGCUGCUGCGCUCUGCAGAGCAGGCGGAGCUGGAGAUCCGCGGGCGGGAGCUGCGCCUGGACUCGCGCUGUCCCGCCUACCGCCUGCGCCUCCGCCUCCCCUACGACGUGGACGAGAGCGGCGGCCGGGCCGCCUUCAACCGGGCCCAGCGGCAGCUGCAGGUCACGCUGCCCGUGGUGCUGCCGCCCGGCCCGCGGGAACCGCCGGGCCCGGCCGGGGAGCGGCUGGAGGAGGCCGAGGCGGGGGCAGGGCCGGCAGAGGCGGGCGGCGGAGCGGCUCCUCCCCCGGAACUCGGGCCUGGCGGCGCGGCCCGGGGCACGUGUGGCGGCGGGGAGCCCGGUGAUCCGCUCACCGAGCCCCCGGCUGACCCUGACCCACGUUGUGAUCCUCCCGCUGGUCCGUCUGCCGAGCCCCUCGCUGAACCGCCCCUAGAACCACUCUGUGAUUCCCUCACAGAACCCUCGGGUGAACCUCCCGUUGAUCCAACCUCUGAACCCUUUGCUGACUCCCCUGCUGAACCCCCCUCUGAACCCUCCACUGAUCCAACCUCUGCACCCCCUGCUGAACCAGCUACUGAUCCAACCUCUGAAUCUGCCAGUGAUCCAACCUCUGAACCUGCUCCUGAUCCAACCUCUGAAUCCGCCACUGAUCCAACCUCUGAACCUGUUACUGAAUCAGCUACUGAUCCAACCUCUGAACCUGCCCCUGAUCCAACCUCUGAAACCUCUGCUGAACCCGCCACUGAUCCAAUCUCUGAACCUCCUGCUGAAUCUGCUCUGGAUCCAACCUCUGAACCCGCCAUUGAUCCAACCUCUGAACCCCCCACUGAACCCGCCAUUGAUCCAGCCUCUGAACCCUUAGCUGACUCCCCUGCUGAACCCCCCGCUGAACCUCCCAUUGAUCCAACCUCUGCACCCCCCGCUGGUCCAAGCACUGACCCCCGCUCUGAUCCCUUCACCGCCGCUGCUCCCCCCUCAGAAUCCCGCACCGCGCCGCCGGCCCUGCCCUGCCCCGGUGCCGCUGUCCCCAUGGCCAUCCCCGCCGCAGCCCUGCAGGCCCCCGAGGGCCCCGCCGUUGACACGGCCACAUGCCCUCCGUUCCGUGCCCGGCAGGACGAGGUGUCGGUCACGCUGCUGCUGCUGGUGCCCGGCAUUGAGCCGCAGAGCCUCCGCGGGCAUGUGGGCGCGCACCACUACAGCCUCCGCUUCCGCACCGAGCGCGCCGCCUUCGCCCUGUUCCUGCGCUUCCCUCGCUCCGCAGCGCUGCUGAGCCCCGAGAGCAGCGUCAGCGUCUCUGCCCACAACGCCGUGGUGGGGCUGGCCAAGGCCCCCGGCAGCACCGGGCUCUGGGACGGCUUCAGCUUCGGCCCCGAGCCCUCCGCCCUGCAGGAGAGAUUGUUUGUCAGUGAGGAGAGCGUUGAUGGAUUUCUAGGCACUGCUUUGUGCCCUUCCCCUUGCUCCCAAUCAGCCCUGGAAAGGCAGCCAUUAAUUGAAGUGCUGGAUGUUACUGAGGACAGAAUUCAAAUCAGGGUGGAGCCACAGGAACGUGAUGGACAAGGAACUCUUGGCAGCUCGGAGGGAGCCCUGGCCGGACAGAGCGAGAGCAAGUGCCCCGAAACAAAGGCAGAGACAAAGUGUCCUGCAGCCGGGGGAGGUGCUGCGGGCCCGGGAACAAUGGGAGCGGCAGCCGGCUGUGCUUCACCCCAUUGUUGGCAGGCUCAGCCUCCUGCCUCCAGCUCGGCCCUUCCCGGCGGGUCUGCGGGAGCCCAGCCCGAUGCAGAAAGUGCUGCUGCAGCAGGAGGAGCAGGGGCAGGAGGGCGGCAGGGGGACGGGGACGGGGCUGGGGGCCCCAUCCUGAGGGAGGUGAACCCCCAGGACGGCAGCGAGCGCGUCCUGCGCGAUCAUCACACGCACUGCCCCCUGCGCUUCCACAGCUCCCUGCUCUAUGAGCUGGACUGAUUUAUUUGUUUUAUCAUUGAAUUCUCUUGUUUGCUGCUUGUUCUGACUCCCACGGGGCUGGGGCUGGGGCAGGGGGCCCCAUCCCGAGGGAGGUGAGCCCUGAGAAGGGCAGCGAGCGCGUCCUGCGCGAUCAGCACACGCUGCCCCCUGCGCUUCCACAGCUCCCUGCUCUGUCAGCUGGACUGAUUUCAUUGUUUUAGAGCUUCCUUCCUUUUUUGGUGCUUGUUCUGACUCCCAUGGGGAUGGGCAGGGAGCAGGAUCCCCCAUCCUGAGAGAGGUGAAGCCCCAGGACGGCAGCGAGCGCAUCCUGCUUGACAAAUCAUUUUUGUCACCGCCUUGUGCACUUCCACAGCUCCCUGCUUUAUCAGCUGGAUUGAUUUCAUUGUUUUAGCAUUUCCUUCUCUUGUUUGAUGCUUGUUCUGACUCCCAUGGGGACGGGGAUUGGGCAGGGUCCCCCAUCCUGCAGGUGAACCCCCAGAAUGGCAGCGAGCGCAUCCUCCAUGAUCACCACACGCUGCUCCCUGCUCUGUCAGCUGGAUUGAUUUCAUUGUUUUAGCAUUUCCUUCUCCUGUUUGAUGCUUGUUCUGACUCCCAUGUACUGGUGGGUGACACGGAGGCCGUGGGUUCCCACUGAAACUGUUGCAACACCAAAACUUCCCAUUGUUAACAGUUUAUCAAUUCCCCAAUUUGUUGCAAUAAUUUUACUUGUAAGAAAAGUUGCAGUUGGAGGUGAGCUCCUGGAAAAAAAAAUGUAUCUUUAUUGUUUACAUAAAUUUUUUAUUCUCUUGGCACGUUUCACGGAUUAUUUGUAUAUAUCCUCAGCCUAAUGGCUCCCUCGGGAAUUGAGCAGUAGUCAUCAUUUUCCAAACCUUUCAUUUUGUGAUAACUGCAGGAUUAGACUCACAGUGAUUCUUAGCAAUCAAAUGAAAUUUCUAAUUACCCGGAGAAGUUCUAAUUAGUCUCCUAGAAAUAAUCAACAUUUAUACCCUGUAUUCCAUCCUAGUGCUGUGCCUCAGAUCUGCAGCACCCAGAUAUCCCCCAGCUGAACAAAUUCCAUUGCACAAGAACAUCCUCUGGGUGCAUGUCUGCUCUGAAGUAUUUACAACUGCUGAAAUGGAUUCUCUUUAGCCAGAUUAGAUUUGUUUUUCUUGGUUUCCCUCGAGUGUCAGCGUUUCUCACCUCCCUAAAGCAGAAUAACCAGGAGAACACAUCUAAUAAUAAACUUCCUGUUCCCCUUUC